CACGCGACGGUCUCCACCUCCCGCCCUUCCCUCUGUACCUCCCGGCCCUCCCGGCCAGUGAUGAGAUAUUCGGACAGGUGGGGAAGUGGCCACGGCAAUCGAAGUCACGUCCACGAGCGCGACCAUGGCCGAGUGUCACACCCAGAAUAAAGCCAAGCUCGUCUCUGAGACCCGACGGAGAUUCGAAGCUGAUUAUGUGACAGAUAAGUCAGAUAAAUAUGAUCCACGUGAUGUUGAAAGGCUACAACAAGAUGAUAACUGGGUUGAAAGUUACUUAUUUUGGAGGCAUCAUAAUGUCGAUGAAACACUGAAGAUGCUUGAUGAGAGUUUUCAGUGGAGGAAAGAAAUGUCUGUCAACGACCUCACUGAAUCUUCCAUUCCCAGAUGGUUAUUGGAAAUAGGUGGUAUUUAUCUGCACGGUUAUGACAAAGAAGGCAACAAGUUGUUCUGGAUCAGGGUGAAGUAUCACAUAAAAGACCAUAAAACCACACUGGACAAAAAGAAGCUUAUCGCAUUCUGGUUGGAACGUUAUGCUAAAAGAGAAAAUGGGAAACCUGUAACAGUGAUGUUUGACCUGUCAGAAACUGGAAUAAAUAGCAUAGACAUGGACUUUGUGCGCUUUAUCAUCAACUGCUUUAAGGUUUAUUACCCUAAAUACCUCUCAAAAAUGGUGAUCUUUGAUAUGCCUUGGAUAAUGAAUGCUGCUUUCAAAAUUGUGAAAUCCUGGCUUGGACCAGAAGCAGUGAGUUUGUUGAAGUUUGCAAGUAAAAAUGAAGUCCAAGACUAUGUCAGUGUAGAAUACCUGCCUCCCCACAUGGGUGGAACUGAUCCUUUCAAGUAUAGCUACCCACCGCUAGUAGAUGAUGAUUUCCAGACACCAUUGUGUGAAAAUGGACCUAUUGCCAGUGAAGAUGAAGCUUCAAGUAAAGAAGAUCUAGAGAGUGAUGGCAAAGAAACCUUGGAAACAAUUUCCAGCGAAGAACAAACAGCUCUUCUAAAAAAGAUUAACGUUACUGAACAUACUUCCAAAGCAGAGGAAAAUGAAAAGGUUGAUUCCAAAAUGAAAGCUUUCAAAAAACCAUUGAGUGUGUUUAAAGGGCCCUUACUACACAUCAGCCCAGCAGAAGAACUGUAUUUUGGAAGUACAGAAUCUGGAGAGAAGAAAACUUUAAUAGUGUUGACAAAUGUAACUAAAAACAUCGUGGCGUUUAAGGUGAGAACAACUGCUCCAGAAAAAUACAGAGUCAAGCCAAGCAACAGCAGUUGUGACCCUGGAGCUUCAGUUGACAUAGUUGUGUCUCCCCACGGGGGUUUAACAGUCUCUGCCCAAGACCGUUUUCUGAUAAUGGCUGCAGAAAUGGAACAGUCAUCUGGCACGGGUCCAGCAGAAUUGACUCAGUUCUGGAAAGAGGUUCCCAGAAACAAAGUGAUGGAGCAUAGGUUAAGAUGCCAUAUUGUUGAGAGCAGUAAACCAACCACCCUUACAUUAAAAGACAAUGCUUUUAACAUGUCAGAUAAAACCAGUGAAGAUCUUUAUCUACAAUUUGCCAACUCCAGCCGUGAAAGUGACUUCAGUACACCCUAAGUACUCCCCGUAGUAUCUCCCUGUGUGUGUGCACAGCGGUUCCCUUUCCAUGUUAGAUCCCCGGCUGUAUAUAACCUAAUCUCAAAGCAUUUGUGUAUGUUCUUUGUUCCUCAGCAAAUGAAUGAGGAAAUCAUUGGUCAGAAUUGGAAGUGUAUUGUCCUAACAGUGUCCCUUUAAUGUUUCCUAUGAAAAUGACGUGGACUCACUACAAUGUUCUUCCCUGAUGUCUGGCCAGUUGAAUUUAAUAACCUAUCUUGUUAACGUUUGUGUGUCUACUAAAUGUGACUAUGCAAGAUUACUGAAAAUUAUAAGAUCAAAGGCAUCUAAACUUCUGUUCUUGUCUUAACUACUUAUUUACAUCAGAUUUUAUUCUGUCUUCAUUUGAUUUUAUCACAUUUUGUGUGACUAUUACUUUGAGUACUCUGAUAAUAAUUUUAUUUUUUAUCUUGUCAUUACCUAUUCAUGACCAAAUUACCAAGGAUCAACAUUAAGAUCGAGAUUUUCGCUUGAGAAUGGAAAUCAAUAGAUUUUCCAUGAAAACAUUAAUAAAAUAUUAUUAGCUUGGUCUCAAAGUAGCCUAAAAAUGCAACUGCGGUUAAACCUAGCCUCAAAUUUCAUAAUAAUACCAUAACUGUUUUUAUAUCUUUCCACUAAUUUUGACUGGAUUUAAUAGCACUUUAUUGUACAAUUGCAAAAAAAAAUAUAUUCCUAGAAUUGUUGCCAGUGUAAUUUCUCUAAUAUUCUGGUGCUUUUCAUAUAUUUUCAGUAUUUUUAUUACUAUAUUGGUAUUUUCUUUGUAUAAUUGAUCAAAAGAACAUGUUUUCUAUUUUAAUAUGUUUUAGAAAAAUAAUUACAUUUAUGAAAUAAAUAUCAUCAGGAAAAA